AUGUCUCUAGAUAAUCAUGAAGAGUUACAGAAAUUCAUUGAUUUGAGCGAACACUAUCGUACCUAUCUUGAUGAACAUGACAACUCUCGGCCUGAUGGCCGAUCGUUUUCUCAGAUGCGUCCUGUUCAAAUACUUGAUAACUUUCUGCAACAUUCCUAUGGUUCAUCGAUGAUACGUUUCGGAAAUACGACUGUGAUAUGUUCGAUAACUGGUCAAUUGACGAAACCAUCGUUGAAAUCGUUACGAUCCGGCUUUAUUCAAACAGUUGUUUUGUUACCGCGGACACAGGCGUGGUCAACGUAUGGUCGCCGGCAACAAAUCAUCAACGAAAAUUUAACAUUAAGUCAAAACCUGCUAGACAUUAUCUAUAAAUCGAAGUUAAUUAACUUAGAAGAUCUAUGUAUCGAAGAAGGUAAAUGGGUUUGGUGUUUGCAAAUCGAUUUUCAAUGUUUAAACAACGAUGGUAACCUGUUUGAUAGCUGUUUAUUUGCUCUCAAUGUUGCUUUACGCCAUACAUCGUUUCCGACGGUGAAAGUCGAUCCCGAUACGCAAAAGCCUCUCGUUUAUACCAAAGAUUUACAAAACCUUGAAUACAACAAAGAACAACAGCCCUUAUGUUGUACCAUUGCCGUCUACGACAGCGCUCAAGAAUACCAGUAUCUAAUUGAUCCAACUUUAGAAGAGGAAACGAUUGCUAAAAGUCUAUUACAUUACGUUCUGUUGAAAAAUGAUCAAAUAUGUCUCAUACACAAAACAAGUGGCGCACCGUUUUCACCAGAAAAAUUUCAUCAUUGUUACUCACUUGCUCGUGAUUAUAUUCUCCAACUGCGUAGCAAACUUAAUCAACAAAACUGA